AUGGAUGCUAGAGCCCCCAACAUCAUCGUGAACCCAGAGAAGUUCGAGUUGGUGCUGCACGCCAACGAGGACUGCACCUUCGAGCUCACGAACGUCGGGUAUGAGGCGAUCAUCUACCGCGUCCGCACCACCGCGCCGCUGCGGUACUACCUCAAGCACUCGAAGGGCGUCGUGAAGGGCAACUCGUCGGCGAAGAUCACAAUCUUUCUGAACCAGAAGACCUUUGCGGAGGGGCUGCCGGUAGGCGUGCGCUACACAAAGGACACCUUCCGUGUUGAAUGUGCCGUGCUGGGGGAGCAGGACGUCAUUGAGGCGCACGGGGCGAACUUGGCGAACUUAAUCCAGAAAAAGAAGGACGCGAAUGCCUCGUCGGUGGUCCAGAAGUACAUCUCGUGCCGUGUGCUACUCGACGCCGGUGAUGGCAAGGACGGGGCCGCCGGCAGCGGUCGCGCUGCUGCAGGCGGGGAUGCGGCUGGUCGUGGCAGUGGCCCCGCCGGCGAGGAUAAGAGCUCGUCUGGCAGAAAGAGCAUGACGGCAGAGCAGAUGGAGCAGAACACGCUCAACGAGAAGCGCCGCCGGAACGUUAGCGGCGGUCAGCUGGCCGUGCGCGGCAAUCAUAUGCGGCCUCUUCGCAUAGUGAUCGCCGCGGUCGUCGUCGUCGUCUUCGCCAUGUGGGUGAUGCGGGGUAGCGACGGCGAUCUCGAUGUGGAGGAGAUGGCGGAGUAG